AUGUAUGUGUGGUGUUUAUCCUGACACGGUCUAAAACAUUGGAAGCUUGAAAGUCACAAUCACAAACACCGUAUCCACCCUCACAAGUCCCAUUAACCAAAUCAAAGAGAAAAAAAAAAUAUAGUUAUUAAUUAAUCCAACACAAAAAAAUGGGAAUAGUUGAAGAAGCACACAACGUGAAAGUUGUAGGAUCAGGUUCAAGGUUUAUAGUUCUAGCACAUGGAUUUGGAACAGAUCAAUCUGUAUGGAAACACCUCGUACCUCAUCUUCUAGAUGAGUUUCGUGUCAUACUUUAUGAUAACAUGGGAUCUGGUACAACUAAUCCUGAAUAUUUUGAUUUUGAAAGAUACUCAACCUUAGAAGGAUAUGCUUAUGAUUUACUUGCAAUCUUAGAAGAACUUCAAGUUAAUUCAUGUAUCUUUGUUGGUCAUUCUGUUUCUGCUAUGAUUGGAACUGUUGCAUCAAUUUCUCGACCUGAUCUUUUUGCUAAAGUUAUCAUGAUUUCUGCUUCACCAAGGUAUUUGAACGACAGGGAUUACUUUGGAGGAUUUGAACAAGAAGAUUUGGAUCAAUUAUUCGAUGCUAUGUCAUCAAAUUACAAAUCAUGGUGUUCAGGAUUUGCUCCAAUGGCGAUUGGUGGUGACAUGGAAUCAGUGGCAGUACAAGAAUUUAGUCGAACUUUGUUCAACAUGAGACCAGACAUAGCACUAAGUGUGUUACAAACAAUUUUUAAUAGUGACAUGAGACAAAUAUUAGGUCUCGUCACUGUCCCAUGCCACAUUAUACAAAGUAUGAAAGAUUUAGCGGUUCCAGUCGUGGUUGCGGAGUAUCUCCACCAACAUGUUGGUGGAGAGUCUAUUGUGGAAGUUAUGUCAACUGAGGGUCAUUUACCGCAGUUAAGCUCACCGGAUGUUGUUAUUCCGGUGAUACUCAAACAUAUUCGUCAUGAUAUUGCGGCUUGAUGUUAAUGUGUGGUUGGUGUGGGGUGCAUGAUUGAAUUAUUUAGGUUUUUAUAAGAGAAAUAAACAAAAUGAAAGAGCAUGAAAGAUGGUUACUUUUAGUUUUGUGUCUUUUUCGUAGAUGACCAAAGGAAAUGGGGUUGGCAACACAUGUUUCCCAUCAAUUAUGUAUUGUUGUUUAAUUGUAUGCUAGUUAUUUUUAUAUUUUGGUAGGUGGUGAUGCCUUUCAAUAGUUAUGAGCAUCAAGUGUUGUUAUCUUUGUAAUAAUGUGGGGAUGGAGGCUGUGAAUAAUAAAUAAAUAUUACUAGUUUGUUUU